AGGAAAUAAAUAAAGUUUAGUAGCACUAUAUAUGUAGGAGUAUAUAUAGCUAGGAGAUAGAGAGUCCAGCGUUAAAUAAACUGAGGAGAGCUUGGAUUUCUCAUCUCCAUUAUCUUGCAUUCUUGUUCUUGGUUUGCAUCUCUUCUUGCUCUUUGGAGGAUUUACUACUAUUGAGUAGUAGUGAUCAUGAGCUACCAAGGUCCUCCUCCCGGCACUGCAGCGUACCCGCCACCGGGGACGGGGUACCCACCGCCGGCGUACGGCGCGCCGCCGCCAGUCGCCGCCGACUACGGCGGGUAUCAGCAGCAGCAGCCGCCGCCGCCGCCGCAGGACUCGCAGAGCCGCGGCGACGGCUUCUUGAAAGGAUGUUGUGCUGCUCUCUGCUGCUGCUGCCUGCUCGACAUGUGCUUCUGAUGAGAAGAUGGCAUCAAGGAUGAUGUGAUACUCUACUUAUAGAGCAGCUUGUGAUCGUCUUUUCACAUCAUUUGUGCUGUGUCAUGAUCGAGAUUUUUUAAGUAUGUGGUGAGAUGUGUGCAUCUAGUAUUAUGUAGUUACUGUUCUUGGAUCAUUUGGAUUUCAUGUGUUGUCAAAUUCAAAAGUGGAUCCAUUUUGUAUCAUUCAUCGUAAUCUGGGACACUUCUGUUUAUCAAUGAUUUCGAUUUUAGUACUAUACGAAUCACCCUAAAUUUUAUUGAUCGGAUUAA